AUGAUCAUCUACCAGGACCUCACCAGGCACAAAGAGGUGUUCUGCCACAUCUACAACAUCUGGGAGAUGACAGUCAGAUUGUGCCUGGAGGGGAAGAUGGUCAGUAGGACAGAGGGUAACAUGGAUGACUCACUCAGUGGUGGAAAUGCCUCCGCUGAGGACCCCAAGGGCACAGUAAUCACUGGUGUUGGUAUUGUCAUGAACCAUCAUUUGCAGGAAACUAGCUUCACAAAAGAAGCCUACAGGAAGUACAUCAAAGAUUACAUGAAAUCAGUCAAAGGGAAAUUUGAAGAGUCAAGACCAGAAAGAGUAAAGCCUUUUGUGACAGGGGCUGCAGAACAAAGUAAGCAUGACCUUGCUAAUUUCAAACAUUACCAGCUCUUUAUAGGUGAAAACAUGAAUCCAGAUGUCAUGGUUGUUCCACAGGACUGUGGUUGA